AUGAGACCAGUACUUCCGACAGCCUCAAAGAAUCCAGGUCAAGCCGCCACCAAUCUCGUCGAUCUAUUCGAAGAGAGAAACAUCGAUCAGGGAGCAAAGCACAAUCGAGGCACCACCAUCGGAGAACCGACAACAGAUACGCGCGCCACAGCUCAGCAUCAUACUCGGAAUCUGAGUCGUCCAGUCCAGAACCAACGUCACGUCGCAUUGAGCGACGAAGAUAUCGGCGACCGGAGCCCCCGGAUCUUGAAAUGGUCAGACAAACUCGCAGACUUCGACUCUCUCCUCUUGGAGAGCGGGAUGGUGGAAGCUACGGUGGCAGCCGAACUCAAGAUCGAAGUCAACGUAGUGGUUAUUCGCCUCAACGCGGCCCAUCUCCCCCCUGGAGCAAACAAACUUCAAGGCCGAGCCAUACUGAAGCUGGCUGGCACCGAGGGGAAUCAGACCCGGCUGCCCGCGGGCAUCGUGGGCGUCACGAAGAGUACACACGCUCUCCGUCGAGAGCUACUCAGCGUGGGUGGGGUGGGUGACAGCCGAGAGGAUGGGCACACGGCGGUGUACGCACCCAGCCCACCACCUGCACGCACAUCGUCCCUAGGAUACAUGAGUGAAGGCGACUAUGGCGAGCCCCAGCACCACGAAGCCCGUCCCCAGAAAAGCCGGCGUCAGCGCUCAAGAACCCAGGCUUACGAGGAAGAAGAAUCUCAGGUUGAAGUGCUGAGGCCUGGGGAUGAACUGACGGUGAUUGAGCGGCACGAGCCAACACAUGGGGAUUACGAGUGAUCGGGGGCGGCAUCCGAAGAAGCGGCGCUGGAGAUAGUUAGUACCAGUAUCAUUGUGCGCCAGGCUGUCACUGCGAUCGGCGUUCACUUGGUCUCAUCUGAGAUGGGAGCGUCCCCAGCAUCGGACUACUGGCUGAAGACAUUCUUGUCUCUCAGCUGCGCGAUGCACCGUGCGUUCGAUGGGACAUUCGGCGAGUUCUGGGCAGCCUUCACAACGCUUGACCUGAACUUCGUCCCUUCGACGCACUCUCGAUCAUUCCGCAUCCGCGGACCAGUCCAGGCGUCCAAGGCACCCACUGAAGGUCUCCACCGGGCAGCAACACGCGCGAACCCCGCCUACAAGACUGACAACCAGCUGGGUGGCGCGUUCUCCAGGCUGUCGUACAGACCCACACAUGGAGUUCUUGUACCUCUCACCACCCGCAGCGCGCAUAUUCCACCUCUCUUCAUUUGA